AUGGUGGAUGAAUCAAAUCUUAAUUAUUUCCGAGACAUAGUUUCAAGGUUUCCUGACGGGAUAACACUAGCCUUUGCUUAUGGUUCUGGUGUUUUUAAGCAAAUAGGGAAUGUGUCUACGGAUAAUAUGAUAGAUUUUGUGUUUGUCGUCGAUAAUCCGUAUGAUUGGCAUAGCAAGAACUUAUCGAGGUUUCCUCACCACUACUCAUUCAUGGCCAAUCUCGGUGUAAAUGCGAUUGUAUCCUUACAAGAUGAAAUUGGCGCUGGAGUGUAUUACAACACUUUAAUCCCAUUUGAAGGAAGAAAAAUCAAAUAUGGCAUUAUCAGUCAAAAUAACUUUAUCAAGGAUCUUAAUGAUUGGGAAUGGCUUUACAUCAGUGGAAGACUUCACAAGCCAGUGCAAAUCAUCACUCGAAUGAACAACACUAUCAUAAGAACUGCACUCAAAGAGAACCUACAAAGUGCCCUCAAUGCUGCUCUUUUGUGUUUACCUGAGAAGUUUACUGGAAAUGAUUUGUUCAUGAAGAUUGCUGGUCUUUCAUAUGCUGGAGACUUCAGAAUGGUUGUUGGGGAAGACAAAGGCAAGGUAAACAAGAUCGUGGAAUCAAACUUAGAUGAGUUUAAGAAGCUUUAUCACCCAUUUCUAUCAAGUAGUGAAAAUAUCCAUUUGAACAGUUCAUGUUAUAUUAUUCAGCAAAAUAUGGAUAGAACAGUAACUUGUAGAUUACUAAAGUCAUUACCAAAGACUUUACUGAACAGUGUCAUGAAAAGUAUAGGGCCUAGUAGCAGUAUAGAUAGUCUGGAUGCCAUAGCAAAGGAUAGAGAACUCUGUUCUAAACAUAUCUACAGAGGAGUCUCACAGAUUGUUCUCAGAUCCAGUAUAACCCAAAGCAGCAAGGGAGUACUGAGUGCUGGACUAUUGAAAACUUGUGCCUACAGCACUUCAAAGGUGAGAAAGAUGUUCAAAGGCCUGAUAAGGUAACAGACAAGGUUGAACCUGGUUAAUACAACAGACCGGCAACAGGCUUGAAAGAGCCUGGUUCUAGCAGGGUCCAGCAUGCAAAUAUGUACAGUAGAACAUCGAUAAAAAUAUAUGGCAAGGGACUGAAAAAUUGGUUUGUUAUAUCCAGAAAAUUAAAAUCCAAAUAUUUUAUG